UCACUAUUCAAAGUUAAGUUUGUUCACAAUAAAACCGUUAUCAUGAUGAGAUUUAAAACAGGAAAGUGCUUAAUAAAAACUUUUAUCCGGCGAUCUAUAUCAACAACCUCGACUAUGAGAGAUGUUUUCAUUGUCAGUGCUACUAGAACUCCAAUUGGAUCUUUUGGUGGAUCAUUGAAGAGUCUUUCUGCUACUAAACUGGGUGCUAUAGCUAUACAAGCUGCUGUUGAACGAUCUGGAAUUUCAAAAGAUGAAAUUCAGGAAGUUUUUAUGGGAAAUGUAUGUCAAGGUGGUGUUGGACAAGCGCCAGCAAGGCAAGCGACAAUAUUUGCUGGAUUACCUAAAUCAACUAUAUGUACAACAAUAAAUAAAGUCUGUGCUUCCGGUAUGAAGUCUGUCAUGUUGGCUUCUCAGAGUCUUAUAUGUGGCCAUCAACAAAUAGUAGUUGCUGGUGGGAUGGAAUCUAUGUCUAAUGUACCAUUUUAUUUAGCUAGAGGAGAUACAAAAUAUGGUGGUGUGAAUUUAUCUGUCCGUUUAUUAUUUACAUGCGUUAAAUAUUCAUACAAAUAUAAUAUUUUUUUAAAUUUUUUUUUUUUUUCAUAAUACUGUUAGGAUGGAAUCGUGUUUGACGGCUUAACUGAUGUAUACAAUAAAGUUCACAUGGGCAGUUGUGCUGAAAAUACAGCUAAACAAUGUGGCAUAAGUAGAAUACAG